AUCAGGGCAAUGCCCAGUCACUACAACUCAACUCCACUCGCAGAUAAUGCAGAUCCAUGCCAGACAAAGCGCCAGUCGCUCCACCUCCAGUGCAACGCUGGACAAAUCAACGAGACAUGGGGAAUUCACGGUGAGGGCUGAGGCUUGCUGCGCUUCUGCAAGGCUGAGCAAGUAGUAUUUAUUUCGCUGCACACCCGCGCAGAUCAGCCGAUGUGUUCCCACCUACCCUUCGAAAUCUAAAGUCGCAAGCGACGCAACACACUCUCUUACUUUCUUCGAUUCUACCCAGCUGAGACCGGUCUGGACUGGUCGAUUAACCUUCAUUUGGAAAAUGUUCUUGCAGUCUGUCUUCGGGCUUUCCCUGGCGCUACCCUCUCUGUCAACCGCUGCAAGACUCUUUGCGACCCACUACGAUGGCAACGUCUACUCUCUCAACUUGGAGGGAGAAGGCGAUAAAUUCUCGCUCACCAAGACUCACAACCUGACCACCUGCGGCGGUGCCGGCUCGACGAGUGCGCUGACCGUCGACCCUGACCGCGGGCUGCUAUGGUGCGUUGGUGAAGGCACUCCCGGUGCAUUGACCGCGUUGCAGGUCGAGAAGGACGGCAAGUUUAACGAGGCUGCAACGGUAGAGACACCCCCUGGCGGUGUCGAUAGUGUCAUGUACGGAAAGGACAAGCAGUUCCUCGCGAUAGCGCAUUAUGGAAACUCCUCCAUCUCACUCUUCAACAUUCCCUUCGCAGACAAGCAGGAAGUAAACCCCUUUGAUGUGGUGAGGUUGCCCCAGCCGAAAAAUGUUACCGAAAAACAGCCCAAGUCGCAACCACAUCAAGUCCUGCUCGACCCCACCGGAUCGUUCCUCCUAUCGCCGGAUCUGGGAGCCGAUAAGAUGCACGUGUUUGCGAUUGACCAGAAGUCCGGUAAACUGAACAAGUGCGGAUUCAACUCGACGAUCCACUUUCCUCCAGGAAGCGGGCCGCGUCAUGGAGUGUUUGUGACCUCGAAUGCAGCUCACCACGCCUGGGUGGGCAGCAAGCCGCAUGGGGGGCGGCUGGCAAGGCGCAAUGCAGAAAAAUCGGUAUUGUAUACCGUAGAAGAACUCCGCGGCUAUAUGUGUCCGUUCGACGUGUCGUAUGGGAAGGACGGGUGCCCCGAGUUCAAGCAGUUGACGGCCUGCUUCCGCCCUUACCCUGGCUCAAAGUUUCCCUCGAAUAAAACGACAUUAGGUGAAAUCCGGGCAGCGGGGCCAACCGUGCAUAUCUCCGUCCGCAAGGAUGGUAAAUUUGAUGGAAAUGAUUCCCUGGUGACCUUGGAACCAGGACAGACAGCCGUGACCGACGCCGACCUGGUUUCGUCUGGUGGGAAGACCCCGCGCAGCUUCGUGAUCAACAAGAAGGGGGAUCUGGUCGCGGUCGGCAAUCAAGAUUCAUCCACGGUAGUCAUCAUUAAGCGAGAUCCGCAGACUGGGAAAUUGCUCAGUGAAGUCGCUUCUCUGCUGGUCGGUGAGGCGCCUGCGGAGGGAACUUGGGGUGGCUUGAGCAGCAUCGUCUGGUACGAGUAGAUGCCUGUAGUUGGAUACGUGUAUUGUAUACAUAAAUUCUUGGCCGUCCGUGAUUCAGAAUAGAAAAGGCGCCUGUCGGCUUCA